AUGCUUUUGGAUCAGUUUUUUCGAACGAAGCGGUCACCGCCACUUACCGAAAGUCUUCGCUGCGGACUAGCUUCGGUGGCCGACUAUGAGCGACGUAUGUGCGAAACGGCUGAUAGCUCCGUCACCGACUAUUGUCGUGGCGGUGCGGCCAGUGAACGAACCGUGACACACAAUCGCGCUGCUUUUGACCGUUUGAUUAUACGGCCACGAUGCCUGCAACGUAUUGGCGGUAGCCGUUCGCUGGCAGUAACCUCCUUCGGUGUCAGCUAUCGCAUGCCAAUCGGGAUUGCACCCGUUGCUCUGCAGUGUCUUGCACAUCCUGAGGGCGAGAAAGCAAUGGCACGGGCGGCUCGAACCUACGGAGUUCCAUUUGUGCUGAGCGUACUUUCGAGCGUAUCAAUCGAGGAACUAGCAGAAGCCGUGCCUCGUGCACCGAAAUGGUUUCAGCUGUACAUUUUUAAAGAUCGAGAACUAACCGAAUGUCUCGUUCGUCGUGCAGAGAAAGCACGGUUUCGGGCGCUCGUAAUUUGCGUAGACACACCGGCCCCAGGAUUGAGUCGAACAGAGCGGAGGAACCCCUUAACAUUACCACCGAAGGUGACGUGCGCUAAUUUCGUUCCAAGUGGAAAUACUUCUAACGGAAGCAACAAGGCAAAGUCAUGCUCGGCUAGCGUGCUGGACUAUGUACGCAGCCAGCUUGACCCUAGCCUCGGAUGGGACGCAAUACGGUGGUUGAUGGGCAUCACGACGCUGCCGGUCAUUGUGAAGGGCAUUCUUAACCGGGCCGAUGCACUCAUUGCCGCGGAUAUUGGCGUGCAUGGAUUAAUCGUGUCGAACAGUGGAGGUCGCCAGCUUGACUAUGCACCUGCUGCGAUUGAGGUUCUACCAGAGAUAGUGAAUGCCGUUGGAAACCGAGUCGAGGUAAUGCUAGACAGCGGUGUUAGCCAAGGUACGGACGCUUUCAAGGCACUAGCAAUUGGGGCUCGUAUGGUAUUUGUCGGACGGGCUGCAGUGUAUGGGCUGGCAGUAAACGGACAACGAGGCGUUGAGGAGGUUUUGGACAUCCUUAAAACUGAGCUCGAGUCUACGAUGCUUAACGCUGGUUGUGGUACGUUGGCUGAUUUAACACCACACCACGUGUGUCAUGAGGUGCAGCUAUACUAUCCUUCGGUAGCAGAACAGUUGCAAAGAUCUUGGCGAGGUGAAAGUUUUCGCAGCGAUCGUUAUCGAUCACGCGACCGUCGAAGUAAUGCUGAAACGUUCGACGGAGAUACUGUGCAGAGUGCCGAACGUGAAGAUGACGAGAAUGUCCGUAUACGAACGGAAAAUGUUUCCGAACGGGUUACGUUUCAGCAGCGUGGUGUUGAUACGGUAACCAUCGAUGGACAAUCCUGUCCGGAAGCAAAGCAUAUCUUGUCGACACCGACAGUAGUACCUCCCCCAUAUCGAAACGUCCCUUUGCAGAUAAGCGUUCCCCGAGGAAUAUUCCGUUCGAACACCAACAAUUUAUCAAAAUGUAACGGCAACACUGCUUCACAAUGCCCCUCGGAUGGAAAUGUAAAAUCGGUUAGAUCCGUGAUCAACAGAAAGGAAUUUUCAUCAAGACGUUCAAAAUCACACUCUAUGCAAAAUCUUGUUACCGUAGAAAGCGGAAAUUGUAUUAAUUAA